CUUUUUGGUGUGUUUUUGUUUUCAAAUUUCCAAUUUGAUUUGAACUAGACUUGUAUACCCAUUGUCCCUGUUCUGGCGAUUGAUCCAUUGUCCCUUUCUCAUACCCUUUUGUUCUUUUGUUUGGCCUUUGCGGUGCUUUUUGGACACUCAUCUUGUGUUUCAAAUUUUGAAACUAGAAUGGACCUGGUGGUCACACACACAACUCAUUGGUUUCUGGCCACGUCACUUGCCUUGCUGCAGUGCACAUUAGAUUUUGGUGGCAUUUGUAAUGGUGACUUUUCCAUUUAGCCUCGUGGCCUGUGCUCAUAUUCCCCUAAACUUUAUUGGCUUUACCCUUAAAAAAUUUGAAAGUUGGAGAACGUUAGCUUUUCUGUCAACAGUGCACAUGCGCAGGUAUAGUACAUGAUUUUGACCUUUGCAUUCAAAACGAGAGGUAGUAGAUGUAACUCUAGACCAGACACUAGAGUGGCAAUGUGCCAUACCCUUGUGGCUAACUCGUGUUGCAAAUUCAAAUUCUGUUUUCAAAUUUAGCCCUCCACUAUUUAAUUUCCUUGUAACGUUUUAUCUUGCGUACCAAAAUUAUUUAUAGGUUUUGUCAGUGUUCCCUUUUAUGGUGUCAUGGUUUGGUAACAUGUCCCUUUCUCAGUGCUCAAUUACUCAUCAACCAAGUUUGGAUAGGGUCUAUUUAACCUCCUUUGUGUACAUCCCAUUUGUCAAUCUUUUUACAAGUUGAAACUUAAUGGUUCUGAAGCUAUGGACAUGUGUAAACCCGAAUUGGAGGAGAGGAUGAAAGUGUUGACAAUGAGUACAACCGAAGAAGAAGAAAUUGGUGAUACUUUUGCUGAAAGAGCAGAAUCCUACUACCAAAAGAGACCCCAGCUACUGUCCCUUCUGCAGGACUUGUACAAUGGCUACAUAACCUUAUCUGAUCGUUACAUCCAAACACUGGCCAAACACAAGCAUCAUAGUAGACACUCUUCCCAAGUCUCAGCUGUUGAUGAAAGCUUCUCUGACCAGGAAGAAACAAGUGGCGUGAGCCACUUUGAUUCAGAUAUAGAGAGCUCAAUCUCCUACCAACACCCUCCACACCUAGUGAUGCCUGUUCUUCUCGCUAAGAGCUCCAUGCUUGAUGUUGAUGCCGUUGUUGCCGAGCUUGUGGUCAGGAAUGUUGAGUAUGACUUGUUGAUGCACGAGGUUGGUGUCAUGGAGAGGAGGUAUUGUGAGUCCUCAAGAAAAAGUGAGCUACAAAAGAGCCUUCUUGAGGUGUUGGAAUCUGAGAGGAUCGUUCUGUUGAAUGAGAAUGCUAGUUUGAGUUACAGAAUCAACACUUUGGUGGAAGAGAACAAAGAGCUGGCAUCUGAAUCAGUUUUUAUCAAGAGAAAGGCUGGUGAGCUGGCAAAGUGUGUGCUGAAGAUGAGGGAGGAUCAUAGGGUGUACAUGCUACACAGGAAAAUUGAAGAUCUUCAAGCACAGAUACAUGGUUUGGAGAAGAGGAACAAGGAGUACUAUGAGAAACUUCUUAGAAGAGAUGGUCAAGAUGGUAACAAAGGGAAGAGUGGGGAGGGGAUAGCUUUGGAGGUUUGUGUUCAGAUGGAUAAGUUUAGGAGGUUCAAGUGGAAAGAUGGUAAUUCUUCUAGGAAGAGAUUUGAUGGGAAGAAAUCCCCCAGUUUGUGGAAAAAGCUGAAGAACAUGGAUUUGUUAUUGUGUGGCACUAAUCCAACCUGUGCUUGAUUAGUGUGAUGACUGGUAGUUUUUUUGGAGUCCACAAAAGUUCUAUCAAAAUUUAUAUGCAUACUUUUUGGCACUUUAAAGGUAGCAGCAGUAGCCUACUAGGUUUACUUAUAAGCCAAGCCAUGGUGUACAUUCCAACAUGAGGCCUUUCAACAUAGAAAUGCAUGAGGAUCCUCUAGCUGAAUCCAUGACAAACUAAUUGUAGAUCAGUUAACAUCAUCUUUGUAAAAGCUAGAGUGUGUCUGUA